GAGCAACAAUACGCCCGCACGAAACUACGACUGCUCGUUUGCCGCUAGUCUGCCCAGAUUGUCAAUAUUGUGUCACUGAUUUCUCCAUGGCACAGAGGCAUAAUUAGAUUAGGGCUGCAGGUCGCGGGCGCCGCGUAGUGUCGGCCCGGCCCCGCGCGGCCCUUCACGCCGCUCGCGUUUCCCCAACAUAAUGAGCGAAUUCGCUAAUUAGUGUGUUAUCGGACGAGCUCGCGUGCGCAGCGCAGUGCGUCCGCGCGCGCCGCGCGAUCGACAUGAACCUCUUCACGCAGCCCGAGUGCACCCACAUCGAAAUAAUAGAGCCGGACCCCGAGGACUGCUCCGAGCCGCUGCCGCCCGAGGGCAACAACAAGCUGCGCAACUACCGCCUGCUCAACGAAAAGCUGCGCGCCUACACGCCCACCGGGGACGUCAACACCUCGCCCAGCAAAGGAAAGUUGGUGUCGAGGUUCGACGUGUGCUCGGGCAUAUCCCCGCCGCGCUCCAAGAUUCUGGAGCUGCUGCGCCCCGAGGACCCCGGGAGAGAAACCCUGGAGGCCAUAGUGAAACCCGCGCCCCGGCGCGGCCUGGCCAGGCCGUUCGAUGAGGACACGAGAAGAUUCCUCCAGAGAGCUCUGUUAUCCCCGAGUCCCGCCUUGUCAGCUGCCCCCACUCCUGAGCCCCGGAAAGAAGUGAACAAUAAGGAAGAAAACAAUGAAAUAAUUGAAAAUCAAGAGUCAUUUACGCCUAAACCUCGUGAUCCGAGAUCGGAGAGAUCUUUGGCAGACGAAUUACGGGAAGCCGAGGAGGACGAGCGUUCGGGCGGGAACAAUGUGAGGCGGGACCUGUUGCGGGAGUUUAGAAAACACGGCGGCGGCGUAAAGGAGGCAGUCGAGAGGGAACGGCUGGGGAAAUUGGCGCUGUCCGUGGAAGAGGACGAGGAGGAGAGCGACGACAGCGGGCUGACGGCGGCGGCGCGCAAGCUGGACGCGCUGCUGGCCGAGUCGCGCGGCCUGCACGAGGAGCUGGCCGGCAUCCAGCAGGACAUCCAGGCGCAAUCGGCGCGCGCAUGUCGGUGCGCGGCGGCGGCGCGCGCGCUGACGGCGGAGUCGCGCGCGCUGCGCUACCUGGACGACGUGGUGGCGCUGCUGCGCGGCGACGUGGCGGCGGCGGCGCGCGCGCGGGCCUGGCCCUUCGCGCUGGGCCGCCGCGCGCCCGGGAGGAACUACGUUGUAUGAACGCAGACCCGGCCCUGAACCGCCACGAUACCGAGCAUCGAUAUACUGGCUCACUUAGUGACCGACUAGUCUGGACAGGAUGGAGAAGCUACCGACUGCUGCCAUGCUGACUCGAGAAGGCCAUGCUGUUGAUCAACAAUGAUAUACAUGUAUAGGCGUGUUCCACCAAAUUAUUGAAUCCAGAUAUCAGUAGCAUAACUAAAGAAGACUAUGAUGAUUGUGAAUACGUCAUCGACAGUCAGACAGAUUAAAGUCUACAAUUGGACAUGACUUUCUCCCAAUACAGCCCCAUAUUCUUGGAGACCAUACAAAUUGCACUAAUGCAAUAAGGAGAGGGUUUUAUCUAAUGUAUGAUUGUUACUGGCAGCUCUGACCAUCUUGAAUUCUCAUCAGGAACUCUUUGAUCAAAGUCAAAAUCUGUCCCAGUCCAUACCCCAGGCUCGAAAAUAGCUGAAGUUUUUAAACAACCGAAAAAAGUAAUAGAACGUCUUUAUAUUCGAAGGAAUAUAAACCCAAGUUCCUGAUACUUAAAUUAACAGAAUAAAGACGCUAAUAAGCCCUCAUGACAGGUGGUAUUUUGAGAUGUGAACUACAUAAAAUUAUUGUUGAUCGACCGGUGGCACCCCUUCUCUGAGUUAUUUGUUGCUGAGUGUUUCUCAAAUAGGUAGAUGGUAAAAAUCGACGAGAUAAUUAACUGAAACUUCUUUUGGGGCUAUUGGAACUUGUAAAAGGAUCGAAUCUUCAUUUAUGCUCAAGAACGGUUCAGUAGAACGGUUUAUAAUAUCUAACAAUGACUCACCUAAGCCGUGCAGUUUAAUUAUUUGCAUUCUAGGUCAGUAUAUCCGUUUUUCUUUGUUUUAAACGCAAGACCUGUUCCGGAAAACGUUAUUUAUUUCGCAUCCAUCUCUCUCACUCACUUUAGAAUGGAAACACAAGUGAAAGAGAUGGAUAGAUAGAGUCGAUAAGAUCCUUCUUUUCUUCCAAGCCCUGCAUAGUGUUUGUUGUAAUAUCUUCGUUGGUGAUGGCUGAGUGAUUUGAUAAUUGAUUAGUGCGAAAGUGAGCUUUGGACUCUGAAGAACUGGCGAAACAUCAUUCGAAAUUAAAUUAAUGGGAUUCUAACUAAAGUGUAAUUACCCAUUUUGUAUUGAAAUGACGUUUAGUGUUGAUAGUGCUUAUCGAUAUUCACCCGUACAUCUAUAAAUACACAGAUUUUAUUAGUUUUGUAUGACAAUAUUGAUAAUUAUGUUGAAAUUGGAUUACUUUGAAAUUGAGAUUUGAUAAUUUAAUAUCUUAUUUUUACUAAAUUGUGGCAUUAUUACAGCUAAGAUUUAUGUUAUAAAUUGCAUUCUUAUUGUAUAAUAGGUACUUUUGUUAAUUGUUGUUAUCACGCCAUGUGAUUUGAGAUCUUCAAAUGUUAAAUAAAUGAUUGAUGAUGUUAAAGAAUAGCUAAAUAAUUAGAUAUUAAGUUACUCCUCAAAGUUUUAGACACGAAAAAAGUUCAUGGUCACGCCCCGUGGCUAUGUUUGUAUUAAAAUUAGCUUAAUUUCUGCCAAAUUCUUACCGCAAGUUUAUUAUUAUGGUAUUUUAGAGCAAUCAAAUUGUCAAGAAGCCAGACCGGUUCAAAACUAAACCACCCAUUAAUGCUUUUCCAGUACAAGAAUAAACUGGAAUCCAGAUUGUUCCUAAGGCAUUUUUAUCUAUUAUCUAUGCUAAUGACAAAACUUUUAACAUUUUUAUCGACUGUUUUAAAACUGGUAUCGAUUACGUAAUACUUUGAGGUGAGAAAUGUUCUUUUAAUAUGUUUACUAUUUAAGUUGUAUUGAUAUAAAUAAUAAAAUUCACUCUUGGUAAUGUGAUUUUUAAAAUUAUGUUAUGAUGUAGAUACUAGAUACUGCAUUAUUUGGAUUAUAUGCAACGUUAUUAUGUAAGUGCAGUACCGCUUUUUCACAAGAAAGUGUAGUUACGUGAAAUUGGAGAUUGUGGAUGUAUUUCGAUGUAGAUCAAACAAAGAAAUUGUAAUCGUCAAAAAUUAAUCUUAUUUGAUUAUUAUGUUUAUCAUUCGAUUGUCCGAAUUAAUGUACGACUCGUGAUGUAGUCACUUUGGUUUGUUGAUAUUAAUAUUUAAGUAAUUGUAAUCUCUUGAGACUGAUACUGUGACGGUUAGUGAUCAAAUAAUUAAGCUGUAAUUAAACGUUAGUACGAGCCGAAUAUUGAAUUAUUGCAAUAAAGUGUUUAUUCUUCA